AUGAAGAGGAGGAAGGAGCAGAAGCUGCUGAGGAUGAGGAAGAGGAGGAAGAGGAUGAAGAGGAGGAAGGGGCAGAAGCUGCUGAGGAUGAGGAAGAGGAGGAGGAGGAGGAGGAUGAAGGGGCAGAAGCUGCUGAGGAUGAGGAAGAGGAGGAGGAGGAGGAGGAGGAAGGAGCAGAAGCUGCUGAGGAUGAGGAAGAGGAGGAAGAGGAGGAAGGAGCAGAAGCUGCUGAGGAUGAGGAAGAGGAGGAGGAGGAGGAGGAUGAAGGGGCAGAAGCUGCUGAGGAUGAGGAAGAGGAGGAGGAGGANUGAUGAUGAUGAUGAUGAUGAUGAUGAUGAUGAUGAUGAAGAAGAUGAUGAUGAAGAAGAAGAGUCUGAACGUGCAGCUGCUGAUGCUGACAAUGAUGAUGAUGACGAUAACGAUGAAGAGAAGGCAGAUGCUGCUGCUGAUGAUGAUGAUGAUGAUUAUGACGAUGAUGAUGAAGAGUCUGAACCUGCAGCUGCUGCUGAUGAUGACGAUGAAGAUGAUGAAGUUUCUCCUGAACCCAUCUCCACGUCAGAGGAUGAAGAGUCGGCGGUGACUCCUGACUCUGAGUCUGAUGCUCCUGUUGCCGUCGACGACAGUGAUGAAGAUGUCGCCCUUCUUGAUGAACAUGAAGACAAACACAAAGAGGACAGCGACGAAGACGUUGCUCUGACUGAUGAAGAUAACGAUGAAGACGACUCAGAUGACGAUGCAUUCACUGACUCCUCGGACGUCAGUGAAUCUGCCCUUCUCUCCAGUGACGAAGAGGAUGAUGAAGAUGACAGAUUAGCGGAGGGUGUUGUGACAACCGACAGCGACGACAUCCUUUUAGAAGACAGCGAUGAAGACCUGGAGCUUGAUCUUCCUCCUAUUCCUGCUGCCAGUGAGGAUGAUGAAGAUGAUGAAGAUGAUGAUGAUCUAAAACUCCCUGAAGAGGAAGAGCUUCCUCCUUUACCUGCGCUCGAGGAUGAUGAUGAUGAUGAAGAUGUCAAACUUGUUGAAGACACCAUUGAUGAUGUCAAAGCUGAAGAGGAUGAUGAAGAUGAAGACCAAUCAGACGAGGACUUCUCCGUCGCCUCCUCCGACCACUUUGCAGACGAUGAAGACGAUGAUGAAGACGUUGAUCUCAAGGACGAAGAUCUCGACUUUGACCUUGCCAAAGAAUUCCAAAUUGACCUUGACGAUGACACACCUGAUGAUGUCAUUGAUGAAGACGUCCCUGACGAAGAGGAGGAUAAAGAGGAAGAGGAGGAAGGGCCUCCUCUGGAGAGCACAGACAGCGGAGUGUUAGGCGAUGAAGAUGAUGAUGAAGACGAUGGCGACUUCGCUCUUUCGACAGAUGAAGAGACCAUCCUCAGUGAAGACAUCUCCUUUGAGACGACCGACGAUGAAGAUGAUGAUGAAGAUGAUGAUGAAGUUAUCGACUCGUUUGAGUUCACCUUGGAUCAGGAAGGAGAAGUACCAUUUGUUGACGCUGAAAAAGACGACGAUGGUGAUGAAGAUGAUGAUGAAGUAACAUCAGAGUCUUUAGCUAGUGAAGAUGACGAAGACGAUGAUGAUUAUGAAGAUGUUGAUGAAGAUGAUGUUGACAUCUUGCUAGCAG